GUCUUGCCGAGGAAGAAUUUUUCGAGAAACCAACGCUAAGCAUUGCAAAAGACCACAUUGUCAUCUUACCAGGAGAUACCCUAAAAAUAAAAUGCAGGGGAGCACCUUCUGUAAGCUGGCUCUUGAGGGAGGACCAGAAGGAAGAUCCCCGGGUGCACAUAAGUAAUUGUCGCAAUAACACAAGGCAGAGCUGCAGCAUGCUCGUCAUCAAGAAAGUCAUAGCUAAUGACACCGGUUACUUCACCUGCAUUCAUGAUGACUCCCCAUCUGACGAGGAUCUCAUGGCCAAGAUUUAUGUGUUUGUUAAAGACUACAGAAAUCCGUUUGUGGAGCUUCACCCGGAACAUCCCGAAAUAAUCUACAUUUUAGAUGCUAAGAAAACAGUGGUUGUCCCUUGCCGAGUUACCUCGCCAGAUAUCAAACCCAAGCUUUCCAAGUAUCCUCAUUCUGUAGACAUGAACCUCAAGAGGAUGGUGUGGGACCCAAGAAGAGGAUUUGUCAUCCCCUCUCAUUCUUUCGUUUACUCUGGAGUACUCACAUGCACUGCAAAUGUCAGUGGAAACGUGUUCACCUCCUAUUACCUGGCACAGAGAUUGGAGGGCAGAGUACAGAACCUGGUUCUGAAAGCAACUCCCAAAAGACUGCUAGUUGGAGAAACUCUCUAUUUGGAAUGCAGAGCAGAAACCUUCAUCAACGGGCGCAUUGAGCUCAUCUGGGCGUGUCCUAAUGGGAGACACCCUUAUCCUAGAAGAACAAUAGACCAGAGUGGCAUGGUGUAUAAAGUUGGCAGUAGCCUGACAAUUGAAAAUGUCACCAUGCAAGACGGAGGCCUGUACGUAUGUAAAACAUUCAACGUAACAAGGCUGGAGGCCAAUGUCACAGUGACAGUGUAUGACAAACCUUUCAUCACGGUUUCACAUAAGAAAGGGCCUUACUACGAGAUUACAGCAGGACACAAGUCACUGAAACUAGCUGCAAAGGUGGACGCCUUUCCUCGUCCAAGCGUCACCUGGUACAAGGACGGCAAACCGAUCAAGGAAAACCACACUUGCUAUGAGCCGGAUCCGAUGAAGUACAGACUGGGCAUAAGAGAUGUGAGACCAAAGCAUGCUGGAAACUACACCAUCGUCUUAAGCAAUGCAAAAUAUGGCCUGUAUAAGAACCUCACCAUGCAGCUGGUAGUGACAGAGAGACCCAAAAUCUAUGAAAAGGAAACUGAUUUUGAUAAGAUUGAGCGGGUGGAACUAAGAAGCAAACACAAAAUCCAGUGCACCGUAAGCGGGAAUCCUGACCCGAAGAUCGAGUGGAAGUGGCAGCCCUGCAGCCUCACAGACACGCUAUGCAACCCCGACGGGCAAAAAAUUGUGGUUCAGGAGAACAUGUUUAUAGGCAACAAGAUCAGAAGCAUUGAAAACAUAACCAUGAAGCAUGGGGAUAAAAGAAAGAUUGUAAGCACACUAACUAUGGAAAACAGCAGCGCAUCAGGAAUCUAUUACUGCGUGGCUUCAAACAAGAUCGGUGAAGAAGAGAGGAGCAUUGAGUUCUACGUCUCAGAUGUGCCGUUUGGCUUGCAAACAGACCCGCAAGUCACAACCAUUGUGGGGAACGACGUCCAGUUGACCUGCCGGGCCUCCAAGUACAUCUACAGUCACCUGGCCUGGUAUUACCCCUCCUCAGAGGUGGCUCUCAGUGAUUCAGUCAUCAAGAAAACUGACAAUUAUUCCAUUUCUUUGACGCUGGUCAUUCCUAAUGUCACGAAGGAACAGAGCGGCCUCUACAAGUGCAGAGCCCAGAACCAGCACAACAGCACCGACACGCUAGAACAGCACACUCAGCUCCUCGUCAGAGCAAAAGCAGCACCAUAUGUGAUACAAAACCUCACGGAUCUGGAGGUUAACAUCAGCGGCAAGAUCAUUCUGGAGUGCAAAGUCAGUGGAACGCCAGAACCUCAGAUUACGUGGAGGAAGAAUGGCUACCCCAUUGCAGCAGCAUCAGGAAUUUCCAUGGAAAAUAAUACCCUGGUCAUUGAGCGAGUGAAAAAGGAUGAUGAAGGGCUCUAUGAAUGCAAGGCGUCCAAUGACAUGGGCCAAGACAGCACAUCGGCCUUCAUUAAAAUACAAGGUUCUGAGGAGAAAUCCAACAUUGAAGUUAUCAUUUUGGUCUGCACUGGUUUAGCCGCUACCCUCUUCUGGCUUCUUCUGACCCUAUUCAUUCGGAAACUGAGAAAACCUGAUGCCACAGAUAUUAAAACAGGAUACCUGUCAAUCAUAAUGGAUCCAGAGGAAAUGCCUCUUGACGAGCAGUGUGACCGUCUUCCCUAUGACAGCAGUAAAUGGGAGUUCCCAAGAGACAGACUGCGGCUGGGUAAAACACUGGGUCAUGGUGCUUUUGGGAAGGUGGUGGAGGCGUCUGCUUUUGGCAUUGAUAAAUCUUCAACCUGCAAAACUGUUGCCGUAAAAAUGCUUAAAGAAUGUGCAACUACUAAUGAAUGCAAGGCUUUAAUGUCUGAACUGAAGAUCCUCAUUCAUAUAGGACAUCAUCUGAAUGUAGUCAACCUGCUGGGAGCCUGCACAAAAGCUGGAG